AACUUAACAGAAAUAACCGCUUUUGUAAGCCACAAAUUUGGUGCUUCUCUCUCAUAGAAUACUCAUUCAGCCCUCUCUCUCACUCCCAAAGCAAGAACAAUGGCUCACAAAGAUAACACUCAAAUUGAUCUUGAAAGUACGAUGCUAUUUUCAGAAUUGGAUCAUUUCAUUGCAAAAUCACUAGAAAAGAGUGAUGGCGGCUCCAAAGAAAUCAUCGCUGCCAAGUCCUUUAAGGUAGAAAUUGAAGCAUCAAUUAUUGCAAGAAAAAAUCUUGAUCAAGAAGUAAGGGCAAAGAUUGAUAAAGCAAGGCAAUGGCUGAGUCAGAAGAUGGAUGAAGUCACGACAGAAGAAGAUAGUCAAGAGAAAAAAGGGCUCAUUGUUUCAAUGCCGAUUUCAAGCGAUUCCAAUCUAACAAGAAGCAGCUCUCGAGUAGCCAGUGGAGAAGCGCUGAAUUUCUUUCUGUGCUUGCCUUCUGAUCCUGAAGCAAUGGCUGCAGACCACCAUAUGUCUUGUCUUCUAGGAUGCUUUGAGCAACUGAUGAAUACUGUUCUUGGCGUGUCUGCUGAAAUUGAGAGAAUCAAGGCUGGUGUAAGUGCAGGCUUGGAAAAGGCCAGGGAAAGUUCAUUCGUUUUUAAAGAGGCCUUAUCCGAAUUGGAUGAGUUUUCCCCAAAUAGUUUACCAUCAAAGACAACUGAUAUUGAUGAAUCCAACAAAGAAGACGACAAUAGGAAUGCAUCUGAUCAUUCUGGAGAACAAGGAAAGGAACACGCUUUGCCUAGUAAGAAGCAAGAUGGGGGAGAUGCAGAAGAAGACAAUAGGAAUGCAUCUGAUCAUCCUGGGGAACGAGGAAAUGAACACGCUUUGCCUAGUAAGAAGCAAGAUGGCGGAGAUGCAGAAGAAGACAAUAGGAAUGCAUCUGAUCAUUCCGGAGAACAAGGAAAGGAACACGCUUUGCCUAGUAAGAAGCAAGAUGACGGAGAAGCAGAAGAAGACAAUAGGAAGGCAUCUGAUCAUCCUGGGGAACAAGGAAAUGAACACGCUUUGCCUAGUAAGAAGCAAGAAGGUGGAGAUGCAGAAGAAGACAAUAGGAAUGCACUUGAUCACUCUGCGAAACAAGGAAAGGAACAAGCUUUGCUUAGCAAGAAGCAAGAUGGUGGAGAUGCAGAAGAAAUCACGAAGCCAUUAAUUCCUUCAUCAAUGGCUGACGAAGAUAACACUCAAAUUGACCAAGAAAUUCAGAAUCUUGUUAAGAAACUCGAUGUGUGCAUUGCAAAGUUUGAUCAAAAGAGGCAGGUUUUACAGAAAGCAAUUGAGUCAGAAACCGAAGCACUCAAGAAAGAUCAAAGGGAAACCAGGGAACUAAGGUUGAAUCUUCUUCACGAAUCUGGUGCUACGAGCAGCAACAUUGAAGCUGGAAGCCGGAAGAUUGCUAAUGUGAAGCAAUGGCUGAAUCAGAAGGCACUGAUCAGUAGUGACACUAGUGGAGAACAUGAUCAGGGCAAUAAUUACUCUGUGCUUGUUGUUGAUGAUGAUCGUGAUGCUCGAGACACCAUUCAGAGAUACACGAUGCCAGUAGGGACAGAAAAGCAUCGUGCAAUGGAAUUUCAAGAGGCGAAGAAUGGGAAAGAAGCUGUUUAUCUUCAUCUUGCUGGGGCUUCUUUUGAUCUCAUUAUUAUGGACGAUCAAAUGCCCAUCAUGACUGGAAUUCAGGCAACACAGCUGUUACGUAAGAUGGGUGUUAAGAGUCAGAUUGUAGGUGUCACUUCUGAGUCUGACCAACAAGCUUUCAUCGACGCUGGCCUCAACACCUGCAUUCGAAAGCCACGGAGUCUUGCAUAGAUCACUGCAUUCCAACAAGCGAAGAAGGACUAAUAGAUCACAAGCUUGAGACUUUCUGGGUCUCCUUGGUCUGUGUUAGGUCUUUUUUUUCAUGAUCCUUUGAUGUAGAGUUGAACUCUACGGAUAAAGUUGUAAAAACGAAUAAUAUCUGCGGUUCAAGUUGAAUAAAUAGCUUAAGCAUAAAAAGGCUGCUAACACGUUCGCCUUCAGGUUUCUACA